GAUCUAAUACUGCAGUAACCUAUUGCAACAUCAAUUGAAAUAUUGCCACAGUGUUUUUAAAUGGAUGUCACUAAAAUUUCAAGUAACAAUAAUAGUAAUAAUAUAUUAAUUAAGACUACGCAAUAUUUCAAUAAUGAUUUAAAUGGUGAUAGCAACAUUGAAGAGCAAACAGAUGAGAUUACAGUCUUAAAAUCAAUGUACAACACAGAAGCUGAUGAAAAAGUAAAACUUAUUUCAGCAUUUGAAAAGGAAAGUCAUGAAUUGUUCAAAAUUAUUGUGAAAGUAUGCCCAAAGGCAGAAACUGAAAAGAUCCACAUUGAUGUUGUACUGCCCAUUGAGGAAGAAACACAAUAUGGAGCCACAGCUGCUGGUUGGGAAGCUCCACCCACCACUUUGAAAAACCUCCCACUCAACAGAUCUACCUCAGGUCACAGAUGGCCAGGCUCGUUUGAUGUGAAGUAUUUAUCUCCUCUGUACCUGGACAUCACCUUCCCACCCACCUACCCGUCAAGUGACCCCCCAUCUUACCAGCUGUCAUGUCCAUGGCUGACCAGCACACAGCUUGAAUGUACUGGUAAAAUGCUGGACAAUCUUUGGCAAGAGGGGAAGCCAAUGGUUAUUGUAUUCACCUGGAUUGAUUGGCUGGAAAAUAACCUGCUCAGUCAUUUGGGGAUAACUGAUCAUCUAGUUUUGCAUUUGUUGUCAUCUACACUUCCUGAUGAUGGAGGCGAGAAGAAUUCAGCAAGUAAUGACCUAGGGGAAAGGAUUGCUCAAAUGAUAAGGUACAACCAAGAGCAGAUGAGACUUGAGUUCUGUCAGUCAAUGCAGGAGUGUCCUGUCUGUCUGAUGGAGAAACCUGGCAUCCAUUUCCACAAACUCCAGGAGUGUCAGCAUUUCUUCUGUACAGAUUGUAUGAGGGAGUUUUGUGACUUGCAUGUUAGAGAUGGCACUGUCGAGGCUUUGAAGUGUCCAGACAUCAAAUGUAACACAAUUCUACCACCAUCUAUUGUCCAGGCUGUUUUAGGACCAGAAGCUUACAACAGAUGGGAGAAGUUGUUGUUGCAGAAAACACUGGAUGCUAUGGCUGAUACUGACUACUGCCCACGAUGCAACAGUUUGGUCAUAGCAGAAGCAGAAGAGAGUCUCCAUCUUGCUCACUGCACUGUUUGUCUGUUUUCUUUUUGUACUGAGUGCAGAAGAUGUUGGCAUCAGGGACGACCAUGUCAAACGGAUGAUGAACUGCUGCAUGAUCUGGAUAAGCAAAUCAAAAGGGGAGGGCUCAGUGUGGCAGAGCAGGAAAAAUUUCUUGAAAUGAAGAGAAAACUUCAAGAAGAAAUUGUCUAUAAAGUAAUUGUCCAGAAGGAAACACAAAGUUGUCCCAGUUGUAAAAUACGUAUUGAAAAAAUUGAUGGGUGCAACAAGAUGACAUGCAGAUGUGGUAUUAGUUUCUGUUGGGUGUGUGGUAACGAAAUUGAUGGGUACGAACAUUUUACGCAAGCUGGAUGUUUGUUGAAUGCCACCUUAGUGAUUGUGAACCAAAUUCCACCUAAAACACCAAAGAGGAUACCACCUGAUGAGAUCUUGCGCAUCCAGGCUCAGGUCGAGGUCAACCCUGACCUAGCAGUCAACAGGUGCCUGUGCCCUGGGUGCAAACAGGUCAACUUGAAGAAAACUGACCACAACAACCACAUCAAGUGCUGGAACUGCAAGCGCAACUUUUGUUUUCUGUGUAAACAGCUGAUCAGGGGUGCCAUAAUGGCCCAUUUUAUGGGGCCAUGUGUUCAACACUCCUAGCACAGGCUGUUUAUUAGAGCUUAAUGUUUAUCUUGUUGUAAAUGUUUGUUAGGGCAAGUGAGAAAAGAUAGGACAUUUCACAAUGCUCAGGUUAAAACUGUUAGACAGGCCUUAGGUUGGUAUGGCCGAAGGACAGUUAAAUUGAUACCCCAAUAUUCUAAAACAAAGAAACUCGAGACAAAAAAGGAAAGAACAAUUCCUAAAAUAACAUCAAGCUUAUGGAGGAGGCCAAAACUUAUGUAGGGUUGCUGCGAUUUAUGUGUAGACUUUUAAUCAAGCACAAAUAAAUAGUGUUAAUAUUGUUUUAGUUAAUGAUUUCAUGAAAUGUUUUAAGCUUUAAUGUCUAUGCUCACACCUACCAUUAUGAUAAUCAUAUAGAUAUGUUACACAUUUUGUGACAAUAAAUGCUGUAUCUCUGUUGACUAUUCUAAUUACUCUUAACAUUUUUACUCAUUCAUUCAUCUGUUAUAUGUUGGAAUAGUGAUAAUUAUGCUACUUUUUUUCAUUGUCUUUCUUUGUACACUAAAUUAUAUUAUACAGGCAUUUACUAUUA